AUGAAGGCCGCCACCGUUCUCGCUGUUGCUUUUGCCGCUCUGGCCCAGGCCCAGACCCGCGCUGAUAUCCCCAGCUGCGCUCUGCCCUGCCUCGACGAUGCCGUCAAGGCCAACACCAAGUGUUCUACCACCGACUACGCCUGUAUCUGCAAGGACUUCAGCGCUGUCCAGACCGCUGCCACCUCUUGCGUCAUCUCCAAGUGUGGUGCUGAUGUUGCCCUGAACAAGGUUCUUCCCGCCACUCAGGCUCUCUGCGCCAACCCUGGCUCCGGCUCCUCUGCUGCUGGCUCUUCUGCUGCUGGCACCACCGCCGCUCCCACCAGCGCUGCCCAGACCUCUGCUGCCGCCAGCUCUGCUCCCGCCAGCUCUGCCCCCGCCAGCUCUGCCCCCGUCAGCUCUGCCCCUGCCAGCUCUGCUCCCGCCUCUUCUGUUCCCGCCGGCACUGGUGUUUCCACCACUGUCAUCACCAGCGUCACUCCCGUUGGCACCGGUGUUCCCCCCGCUGGCAACCGAACCACCACCGCCCCCACCAGCGCUCCUACCGGUGCUGCUUCUGCUCUCCUGCCCGGCCUUGCCAUGCUCGCCCUCGGUGCCCUUGCCCUGUAA